UGUACCGAGUCUUCUUGACCUCACAGGCCGGGCCCACCCACGGCCCCCCAUGAGCGCGCCCGGCUGACCCUGGAGGCGGCCGCGGUGGAGCCGGCGCGCCCCGAGGGCGGCGGGGCCAUGGCCUCGCUGGACCUACCGUACCGCUGCCCGCGCUGCGGGGAGCAUAAGCGCUUCCGGAGCCUGUCGUCGUUGCGCGCGCACCUGGAAUACAGCCACACCUACGAGACGCUCUACAUCCUCUCCAAGACCAACAGCAUCUGCGACGGCGCGGCCGCCGCUGCAGCUGCAGCUGCCGCAGCCUCUGGCUUCCCUCUGGCGCCUGAGCCCGCGGCCCUGCUGGCUGUCCCCGGGGCCCGGCGCGAGGUCUUCGAGAGCACGUCCUUCCAGGGCAAGGAGCAGGCAGCGGGGCCGGCGCCCGCGGGGCCGCACCUGCUGCACCAUCAUCACCACCACGCGCCACUGGCGCAUUUCCCGGGUGACCUGGUGCCCGCCAGCCUGCCCUGCGAGGAGCUGGCCGAGCCCGGGCUAGUGCCUGCUGCGCGCUAUGCGCUACGCGAAAUCGAAAUCCCACUCGGCGAGCUCUUCGCGCGCAAGUCCGUGGCAUCCUCGGCCUGCUCGACGCCGCCACCCGGACCUGGCCCUGGUCCGUGCUCCGGGCCUGCCUCUGCAUCGCCGGCGUCGCCAUCACCUGCGGACGUCGCCUACGAAGAGGGCUUGGCACGCCUCAAGAUCCGCGCCCUGGAGAAGCUGGAGGUGGACCGGAGACUAGAGCGGCUGAGCGAGGAGGUGGAGCAGAAGAUUGCGGGCCAGGUGGGUCGGCUACAGGCCGAACUGGAGCGCAAGGCAGCAGAGUUGGAGACUGCACGACAGGAGAGCGCGCGCCUGGGGCGUGAGAAGGAGGAACUGGAGGAGCGCGCGUCUGAGCUUUCGCGCCAAGUGGACGUGAGCGUGGAACUGCUGGCUUCGCUCAAGCAGGACCUGGUGCAUAAGGAACAGGAGCUGAGCCGCAAGCAGCAGGAGGUGGUGCAGAUCGACCAGUUCCUGAAGGAGACGGCAGCCCGGGAGGCCAGUGCCAAGCUGCGGCUGCAGCAGUUCAUUGAGGAGCUCCUGGAGCGUGCAGACAGGGCGGAGCGCCAGCUGCAGGUCAUCAGCAGCAGCUGUGGCAGCACUCCCAGUGCCAGCCUGGGCAGAGGAGGCGGGGGCAGUGCCUCGGGGCCUGGGCUGAGAGGCCCAGGCAGGAUGCGAGAACACCAUGCAGGCCCAGCUGUGCCAAGCACAUACGCUGUAUCACGGCAUGGCUCCUCUCCCAGCACAGGGGCCUCCAGCCGUGUGCCAGCUGCAUCCCAGAGCUCAGGCUGCUAUGACAGUGACAGUCUGGAGCUACCCCGGCCAGAGGAAGGGCCUUUGGAGGACAGUGGCCCUGGGGGCUUGGGUUCACGGGCCCAGGCUACCAACGGUGGUUCAGAGCGGUCCCAGCCCCCUCGUAGUUCAGGUCUACGAAGACAGGCCAUCCAGAACUGGCAGCGCCGACCGCGCCGUCAUAGCACGGAGGGGGAGGAAGGUGACGUCUCAGAUGUGGGCUCCCGAACUACUGAGUCAGAGGCUGAAGGACCCUCUGAUGUCCCACGCCCUGGACCUGCUGUGGCUGGACCCUUGAACAGCUGCCGGCUCUCGGCCCGCCCUGAAGGAGGCAGCGGGCGAGGCCGACGGAUGGAGAGAGGCAGCCCCUCACGCUCCAAUGAGGUCAUCAGCCCAGAAAUCCUCAAGAUGCGUGCUGCCCUCUUCUGUAUCUUCACCUACCUGGAUACCCGGACACUGCUACAUGCUGCAGAGGUCUGCCGGGACUGGCGCUUUGUGGCGCGCCAUCCCGCUGUCUGGACGAGAGUGCUGCUCGAGAACGCUCGAGUCUGUUCCAAGUUCCUGGCGAUGUUGGCUCAGUGGUGCACCCAGGCUCACUCAUUAACAUUACAGAACCUGAAGCCCCGGCAGCGGGGAAAGAAGGAAAGCAAGGAGGAGUAUGCCCGCAGCACCCGGGGCUGCCUUGAAGCAGGGCUGGAGUCCCUGCUGAAGGCCGCUGGUGGGAACCUGCUGAUCCUGCGGAUCUCCCACUGCCCCAACAUCCUCACUGACCGGUCACUCUGGCUGGCCAGCUGCUACUGCCGCGCCCUGCAGGCUGUCACCUACAGGAGUGCCACGGACCCCGUCGGCCAUGAGGUGAUCUGGGCCCUGGGUGCAGGCUGCAGAGACAUUGUCUCCCUCCAGGUGGCUCCACUUCACCCCUGCCAGCAGCCCACCCGGUUCAGCAACCGUUGCCUGCAGAUGAUUGGACGCUGUUGGCCCCACCUCCGGGCCCUGGGCGUAGGUGGUGCCGGCUGUGGGGUACAGGGCCUGGCAUCACUUGCAAGAAACUGUAUGCGGCUGCAGGUCCUGGAACUGGACCACGUGUCAGAGAUUACCCAGGAGGUGGCGGCUGAGGUCUGCCGGGAAGGCCUGAAAGGACUGGAGAUGCUGGUGCUCACAGCCACCCCUGUCACCCCUAAGGCCCUGCUACAUUUUAACAGCAUCUGCCGGAACCUCAAAUCCAUUGUGGUGCAGAUUGGGAUUGCAGAUUACUUCAAAGAGCCCAGCAGUCCCGAGGCCCAGAAGCUGUUUGCGGAUAUGGUGACAAAACUCCAGGCCCUGAGACGGAGGCCUGGCUUCUCGAAGAUUCUGCACAUCAAGGUAGAAGGUGGCUGCUAACCCGGGUGAGGGGCGGCAGGGCACCUGCCAGCCCCACACCAAGUGCUCUUUGGACCUCUGGAGGGGCCCUGGCUUGGACUAGACCUUUGGAGGCUUAAUGUUUCCCCAGGUUCCAGACAGUGGUUGAAUAUCCUGUCCAGUUGGGACAGCAGAGUGACAGGUGACCCAGAGCACUGCCUGCCCAGGACAGGGGCUGAAAAGAAGCUGCCCUGAGACACCUCCCCCCUCACAUUCCCAGCUGAAACAGCCUCUGGCACAGCCAGCAAGGAGCUGAGCCGACACACCAGCAGCUGGCUGUCACUGCUCAGAGGAUCUGCAGGAGCCACCCAGCGGCUCCUCAGCUGCUCAGGCAGGUCUCCUUCCUGAGGCCAUCUCCUGGUCAGGAGCCUGUCAAGCCACAGGCCAGGAGGGGCUUAAGGCAGCUCAGACAUGACAAGGAGGUCUCUUCUCCCCUUUCCCUGACCAAGCCCUCUGUAAGGCACUCCCUUUGGACAGAGAGACUUUCUUCCAGGUCCACAUUCUCCUGUGAUAAUCCAGGCAAGUCUAGGAAUCCCAAGUACAAGGUUAGCUGAAGUUGGGGCAGGGCCGUAGGGAUGAAUUUCAAAAGGUUAAAAAAAAAA